AGGAGAAGAAAGAACUGCACAAGCAGAACAAAGAACUCCAAGAGGAGAAGGAGGAACUGCAGAAAGUGAAUAACGCACUGGAAAUGGAGAAAGAAGAACUGCAGAAAGAGUACAAAGUACUGGAGGAGUUCUGUCUGAAAACACAGAAGAGCCGACAUUUCUGGUUUUGGAAGAAGACAAAAGAGGAGAAGAUCAAGAAAAAGGAAAAAGAGGAGGAGAAGGAGGCACGAAAAGAGAAACAGAAAGCAGAGAAGGCAAAGAAGCAAAGCAAAGAAAAGGAGAAGAUGGAGAAAAAGUGGAGUCGUUGGAGCUGGUUGCACAAGAAAAAGAAGUGUGACAGCGACAGCAAGAUGGAGGAGGCUGCCGGUUUUUCAGCUCAGGCUGGACAACAGUAGCUCCCUCCUCACCCAUUCAUCUCUCCACUUCUCCCCCAU